ACUUCGUGUGCUGGGACGUGCCCUCUCCCCAUUCAGAGCCAUGCUUCGUGUGAUUGUGGAAUCUGCCAGCAAUAUCCCUAAAACGACAUUUGGGAAACCGGAUCCCAUUGUUUCUGUUAUUUUUAAGGAUGAGAAAAAGAAAACAAAGAAAGUUGAUAAUGAACUCAACCCUGUCUGGAAUGAGAUUUUGGAGUUUGACUUGAGGGGGAUACCACUGGACUUCUCAUCCUCCCUUGGAAUUGUUGUGAAAGACUUUGAGACAAUUGGACAAAAUAAAUUAAUUGGUACAGCCACUGUAUCCCUGAAGGACCUGACCGGCGACCAGAGCAGAUCGCUGCCAUACAAACUGAUCUCCCUGCUGAACGAAAGGGGGCAAGAGACUGGGGCCACCAUUGACUUGGUGAUCGGCUAUGAUCCGCCUUCAACUCCACAUCCGAAUGAUUCCGGUGGGACCAGCGUGUCAGGCAUGGGAGAAGAGGAGGAAGAUGGAGGUGCAGAAGACGGGUUGGACAGCAUGGUCAGGGGCCCUGGGACCCAGGGGCCAGGCAGGAUGGGGUCGGAAGCUCAGCUUGCCCGGAGGCUCACGAAAGGGAAGAACACCCGGCGGAUGCUGUCUAACAAGCCACAGGACUUCCAGAUCCGGGUCCGAGUGAUUGAGGGCCGGCAGUUAAGUGGCAACAACAUAAGACCUGUGGUCAAAGUCUACGUCUGUGGCCAGACACACCGAACAAGGAUCAAGAGAGGGAACAAUCCAUUUUUUGAUGAGUUAUUUUUCUACAAUGUCCACAUAACCCCUUCUGAAUUGAUGGAUGAGAUCAUCAGCAUUCGGGUUUAUAAUUCCCAUUCUUUGCGGGCAGAUUGUCUGAUGGGGGAAUUUAAGAUUGAUGUUGGAUUUGUUUAUGAUGAACCUGGUCAUGCUGUCAUGAGAAAAUGGCUUCUGCUCAAUGACCCCGAAGAUGCCAGCUCGGGUGCUAAAGGUUACAUGAAAGUCAGCAUGUUUGUCCUGGGAACCGGAGACGAGCCCCCUCCUGAGAAACAAGACCGUGAUAACGACACUGAUGAUGUGGAGAGUAAUUUGUUACUCCCUGCUGGCAUUGCCCUACGGUGGGUGACCUUCUUGCUGAAAAUCUACCGCGCAGAGGACAUCCCCCAGAUGGACGAUGCCUUCUCUCAGACAGUGAAGGAAAUAUUUGGGGGCAAUGCAGAUAAGAAGAACCUGGUGGAUCCCUUUGUAGAAGUUUCCUUUGCUGGAAAAAAGGUUUGCACAAAUAUAAUUGAGAAAAAUGCAAACCCUGAGUGGAAUCAAAUCGUUAAUCUUCAGAUCAAGUUUCCUUCAAUGUGUGAAAAAAUAAAACUAACGGUAUAUGACUGGGACCGUCUUACCAAAAAUGAUGUAGUUGGAACAACAUAUCUAUACCUCUCCAAAAUUGCUGCCUCUGGUGGGGAAGUAGAAGAUUUCUCAUCUUCGGGAUCUGGGGCUGCAUCGUACACAGCAAAUACAGGAGAAACAGAAGUGGGCUUCAUUCCAACAUUUGGACCUUGUUAUUUGAACCUCUACGGAAGCCCCAGAGAGUACACAGGAUUCCCAGACCCCUACGAUGAGCUAAAUACUGGAAAGGGAGAAGGAGUUGCCUACAGAGGCAGAAUCUUGGUUGAAUUGAGCACUCUUCUUGAAAAGACACCUCCAGAUAAAAAGCUUCAGCCCAUUUCAAAUGAUGACCUGCUGGUUGUUGAGAAAUAUCAGCGAAGGCGAAAGUACAGCCUGUCUGCUGUGUUCCAUUCGGCCACCAUGUUGCAAGAUGUUGGCGAGGCCAUUCAGUUUGAAGUCAGCAUUGGGAACUAUGGCAACAAGUUUGACGCAACCUGUAAGCCUUUGGCCUCAACCACCCAGUACAGCCGUGCCAUAUUUGAUGGGAACUACUAUUAUUACCUGCCUUGGGCCCACACAAAGCCAGUUGUUACCCUGACUUCAUAUUGGGAAGAUAUUAGUCAUCGCCUGGAUGCAGUAAAUACUCUCUUAGUCAUAGCAGAACGGCUGCAAUCAAACAUAGAGGCUCUGAAAUCAGGGAUCCAAGGUAAAAUUCCUGCAAACCAGCUGGCUGAAAUAUGGUUGACGCUGAUCGAUGAAGUUAUAGAAGACACAAGACAAACGCUGCCUCUCCCGGAAGGAAAACCUAAUGUCACAAUUCUAGAUACUCAGAUCCAGAAGCUGCGGUCCAGAUCGCUGUCUCAGAUUCAUGAGGCAGCUGUGAGGAUGAGGUCUGAGGACACAGAGGUGAAGUCCACGCUGGGGGAAAUCGAGGACUGGCUUGAUAAAUUAAUGCAACUGACUGAAGAGCCGCAGAACAGUAUGCCUGACAUCAUCAUCUGGAUGAUCCGGGGCGAGAAAAGGCUGGCCUACGCGCGCAUUCCUGCACAUCGGGUUUUAUACUCCACCAGCGGGGAGAAUGCAUCAGGGAAGCACUGUGGGAAAAUUCAGACCAUCUUUCUGAAGUACCCGCAGGAAAGAAACAACGGACCGAAGGUGCCUGUGGAGUUGCGAGUGAACAUCUGGCUGGGCUUAAGUGCUGUGGAGAAGAAGUUCAAUAGCUUCGCAGAAGGAACAUUCACCGUUUUUGCUGAAAUGUAUGAAAAUCAAGCUCUUAUGUUUGGAAAAUGGGGCACUUCUGGAUUAGUGGGCCGCCAUAAAUUUUCUGAUGUCACAGGAAAAAUAAAACUCAAGAGAGAAUUCUUCCUGCCUCCAAAGGGCUGGGAAUGGGAAGGAAACUGGACUGUUGAUCCUGAAAGAAGCUUGCUGAUGGAGGCAGAUGCGGGUCACACGGAGUUCACGGAUGAAGUGUAUCAGAAUGAGAGUCGCUACCCUGGGGGCGAGUGGAAGCCAGCGGAAGACACCUACACCGAUGCAAACGGGGACAAAGCAGCUUCGCCCAGUGAGCUCACCUGCCCUCCGGGCUGGAAAUGGGAAGAUGAUGCCUGGGUGUACGACAUCAACCGUGCAGUGGAUGAGAAAGGCUGGGAGUAUGGAAUCACCAUUCCACCUGAUAAUAAGCCCAAAUCCUGGGUUGCAGCAGAGAAAAUGUAUCAUACUCACAGACGGCGAAGGCUGGUCCGAAAACGCAAGAAAGAUUUAACACAAUCCGCAUCAAGUACUGCAAAGGCCAUGGAAGCGUUGGAAGACCAGGAGGGCUGGGAAUAUGCUUCUUUAAUUGGCUGGAAGUUUCACUGGAAACAUCGUAGUUCAGACACCUUUCGCCGCAGACGCUGGAGGAGAAAAAUGGCUCCUUCGGAAACACACGGUGCCGCUGCCAUCUUCAAGCUGGAAGGUGCCCUUGGCGCAGACACCACUGAGGACGGAGAGGAGAAAAGCACCGACAAGCAGAAGCACAGCGCCACCACUGUGUUCGGGGCAAACACGCCCAUCGUCUCCUGCAAUUUUGACAGAGUCUACAUGUAUCACCUGCGCUGCUAUAUCUACCAAGCCAAAAACCUCAUGGCUUUAGACAAGGAUAGCUUUUCAGACCCAUAUGCUCAUGUCUCCUUCCUCCACCGAAGUAAAACCACGGAGAUCAUCCACUCCACUCUGAAUCCCACAUGGGACCAAACGAUUAUAUUUGAUGAAAUUGAAAUUUACGGGGAACCCCAAACAGUCCUUCAGAACCCACCCAAAGUUGUCAUCGAACUUUUUGACAAUGACCAAGUGGGCAAAGAUGAGUUUUUAGGACGAAGCAUGUGCUCUCCUCUGGUGAAACUAAACGCAGACAUGGACGUCAUGCCCAAACUGCUCUGGUACCCAGUAAUGAACGAAGGCAAGGCUUGUGGGGACGUCCUUGUAACUGCAGAGCUGAUUCUGAGACACAAGGAUGGCUCCAACCUUCCCAUUCUUCCCUCACAAAGGGCACCAAACCUGUACAUGGUCCCCCAGGGGAUCCGGCCUGUGGUCCAGCUCACUGCUAUCGAGAUUCUAGCUUGGGGCUUAAGAAAUAUGAAGAACUACCAGAUGGCUCCUGUCACAUCCCCCAGUCUCAUCGUGGAGUGCGGAGAGGAGAGGGUAGAGUCCGUGGUCAUCAAAAACCUUAAGAAGACGCCCAACUUCCCGGGUUCUGUUCUCUUCAUGAAAGUGUUCCUGCCCAAAGAGGAGUUGUACAUGCCUCCGCUGGUGAUCAAGGUCAUCGACCACAGGCAGUUUGGGCGGAAGCCCAUCGUUGGCCAGUGCACCAUCGACCACCUGGACCGCUUUCGCUGUGACCCGUAUGCAGGAAAGGAGGACAUCGUGCCGCAGCUCAAAGCCUCCUUUAUGUCUACCCCACCCUGCCGGGACGUCAUUAUCGAAAUAGAAGACACCAAACCAUUGCUGGCUUCGAAGCUGACAGAAAAGGAGGAAGAAAUCGUUGACUGGUGGAGUAAAUUUUAUGCUUCCACGGGGGAACAUGAAAAAUGUGGACAAUAUAUUCAGAAAGGCUAUUCCAAACUCAAGAUUUUUGAUUGUGAACUGGAGGAUGUAGCAGAAUUUGAGGGCCUGACAGACUUCUCAGGUACUUUCAAGCUCUAUCGAGGCAAAUCGGAUGAGAACGAAGACCCUUCUGUGGCAGGAGAGUUUAAGGGCUCCUUUCGAAUCUACCCCCUGCCGGACGACCCCAGCGUGCCGCCCCCUCCCCGGCAGUUCCGGGAAUUACCUGACAGCGUCCCACAGGAAUGCACGGUGCGGAUUUACAUUGUUCGAGGCUUAGAGCUCCAGCCCCAGGACAACAAUGGCCUGUGUGACCCUUACAUAAAAAUAACACUGGGCAAAAAAGUAAUCGAAGAUCGAGACCACUACAUACCCAACACUCUCAACCCCGUUUUCGGCAGAAUGUAUGAACUGAGCUGCUACCUACCUCAAGAAAAAGAUCUGAAAAUUUCUGUCUAUGACUAUGACACCUUUACCCGUGAUGAGAAAGUGGGAGAAACGAUCAUUGACCUGGAGAACCGAUUCCUUUCCCGGUUUGGGGCCCACUGUGGCAUACCUGAGCAGUACUGUGUUUCUGGAGUGAAUACCUGGCGGGAUCAGCUGAGACCAACACAGUUGCUUAAAAACGUGGCCAGAUUCAAAGGCUUCCCACCGCCCAUCCUUUCCGAAGAUGGAAGUAGAAUCAGAUACGGAGGGCGAGACUACAGUGUGGAUGAUUUUGAAGCCAACAAAAUUCUGCACCAGCACCUUGGGGCCCCUGAGGAGCGUCUCGCCCUUCACAUCCUCAGGACUCAGGGGCUGGUCCCUGAACACGUGGAGACAAGGACUUUGCACAGCACCUUCCAGCCCAACAUCUCCCAGGGGAAACUUCAGAUGUGGGUAGAUGUUUUCCCCAAGAGUUUGGGGCCACCAGGCCCUCCUUUCAACAUCACACCCCGGAAAGCUAAGAAAUUCUACCUCCGCGUGAUCAUCUGGAAUACCAAGGACGUCAUCUUGGAUGAGAAAAGCAUCACAGGAGAGGAAAUGAGCGACAUCUAUGUGAAAGGCUGGAUUCCUGGCAGUGAAGAAAACAAACAGAAAACAGAUGUCCAUUACAGGUCCUUGGAUGGUGAAGGGAAUUUUAACUGGAGAUUUGUUUUCCCAUUUGACUACCUCCCAGCUGAACAACUGUGUAUCAUUGCUAAAAAAGAGCAUUUCUGGAGUAUCGACCAAACCGAAUUUCGGGUACCACCCAGACUGAUCAUCCAGAUUUGGGAUAAUGACAAGUUUUCUCUUGAUGACUACUUGGGUUUCCUGGAACUUGAUUUGCAUCACACCAUCGUCCCAGCAAAAUCAUCAGAGAAAUGCAGUUUGGACAUGAUUCCGGACCUCAGAGCCAUGGACCCCCUCAAAGUGAAAACCGCCUCCCUCUUCGAACAGAAGUCCAUGAGGGGAUGGUGGCCGUGCUACGCAGACAAAGAGGGCUCCCGCGUGCUGGCGGGGAAAGUGGAGAUGACGUUGGAAAUCCUUAAUGAGAAGGAGGCCGACGAGAGGCCAGCCGGGAAGGGACGGGAUGAACCCAACAUGAACCCCAAGCUGGACCCACCAAACCGACCAGAAACCUCCUUCCUCUGGUUCAUCAACCCAUGUAAAACCAUGAAGUUCAUUGUGUGGCGCCGAUUUAAGUGGGUCAUCGUCGGGCUGCUGAUCCUGCUGAUCCUUCUGCUCUUCGUGGCCGUGCUGCUGUACUCCUUACCGAACUAUUUAUCAAUGAAGAUUGUGAAGCCAAAUGCAUAAUAAAAGCAAAAGCUUCUUUUGAAGAGUCAUCAGCAAGGAGGGAAUCCAGUCUGUUUAGGGACCAAAAUCAAGCGUGAUUUUGCUUGUGCCUGAGACGACAUUGCAGCUGGUUACUGUACUUCUCCACAGCCCAGCAGUCCCCAGAGUCCAGGUCCUGAAAGCCAGGCCAGCUGGCAACAUUUUUAUCUUAUCUCCUGAAGUGUUACCAUUUUUACCAUGUGUUUCAGAAUAUUUUUCAAGGUGGCUGGUUCCAUUUUAAAAAUCAUCUUUUUUGUAUGAGUCCUUAAUUCUGUAAUUCCAUCUUUGGAAAUUGCUGAAAUCGAAUUUAAAAUUCCUGCAUCUUGACUUCAUAGUCUUCUUACUUGUAAUCAACAAAAAGGACUGUGCCUUAUAAAAACAGAAUAGAGUCCAUCUUAUUUAUGCCUGUAACCACUGUUAUGAUAUUUUAUAUGGAUAAGUGUCAGGAGAAGCUAUUCAAUUUCUGUGAU